ACGUUGGUGCAACCGGGCCUUAGCUGUUCAUGAUACGCGAUCACGAUACGAUACGGUGAUACGAUGUCUGGACCCGCCUUUGGACAUCUAUUAGACAUCCCCGACAUCUAUUAGACAUCUAAUCGACAUCAACGUUCUGGCUGGGAAACGGAUCGGAGCAUUCUUGACCUUUCUUUUGCGAUAGCAACUCUAAAGUUCGAGUUCAAACUAACGCUUUGUAAAGAGAGGCUUCGCGCCUGCGCUCUUCCCGACUAUCGUCGAGCUUUUUAAAUCGAUUGUAAGCAAUUAGAUAUGUUCGAAUGAUUAUUAAGCAUAUGAUACUGGGAUGCGCGAGGUUGUUUGCGACGCGUGAAUUGUUGAUUCCUUAAUUUUCAUAGACUCUUCUUAUUUUUCGCUUUCACAUCUUCCCACGCAACAUUCCGAAUAAUUUGAAUCUUCCUGCUCGUGGAGCGAUCGGCAAGAAGGGAUCUGUAAAGUAAUCUUUCCCCCCAUGGUAAGAGCUAUCCCUGCGAUCUCCGGCGAGUGGCGCCAAACGCGGAUAGCACGCGAGGUUGUAGAACGGGUUGCCAUCGAGCAGGCGCCUCGCUGGACCGCUCGCAGCAUCCGGGAGCUGCGCGCGAGUCCCGCGAUGCGCGGGACUAAACUGAAGCGGACGAGAGAGAGAGAGAGAGAGAGAGAGAGAGAGAAAGCGAGAACGCAGGUGGGCGGGAGGGGAGGCGCGUUUCGAAACUCGAAAUCUAACGAGGAGGCACACUCAGAGCCACGCGAGCGGCCGCGCGACACGGUACGAGUAUUCGGAUGCCGGUGUGAACGACGACGCGUUAUGUGCAUCGAGAAACGUGCGAGCCACGCGAGGCUCGCCUGUGCCGUCUUGUUUCUCGUGGCGACUGCUCUGCCGCUUGGAUUCUGCCAAAAUGCCGGGGCACGCGGCACGUCCGGGGACAGGAUGGGAUCGGAUCGUGCCGGCGACGGUUCGCACACUUUGGAAACCCAUCGUCAGUAUAGCCGGGACGCAUCUUUUGAGGGAAUGGAGGCUCUCGAGGAAAACAGAAGGACGCUCUCGUCGCGAGGCAUUAUCAAGAAGCCGGAGGAGACGGAAGCGGAAGCGAAAGCGGAGGCCCGCGGCGAUGAACGCGGGGACAAACACCUCCUUUUGUCAGAAAAUGGUGCGAAAAUUCCGCCUCGGCGAAACGUAAAUGUCACGACCUUGAGCAAGCAGCAAGAGGGCAACUUCGGCAGCCGGACGCGCAAAAAGCGACGUAGGGGCAAGGAGGGGCCGGCGGACCCCGGUGUCAAGGGUCGCGUGCACGAGACGAUCGCCGAGGACAGUCGCGAGAACGAGAUAGCGGACAAGCGGGAUCGAUCGCCGCGGAAGAGGAACGACCCUCUCUCCAAGUCGCGGCCGAGGAGCCGGGAGGCGCGGAAGUCCCGCGCGGAACGGCGAAAGCGGAAAAAGAAGGACAGGCAGGAGCGAAACAGGGGUAGCGGGAGGGACACGCGGCGGAACAGCAGGCGGCAGGAUGCCGCGCGACGGUCGUCGAAGCGCAAGAGGAAGGCGCACGACGGCCUGGGCGGGCGUACCCGCGAGAGACUCGAGCCCGCCGGCAGCAACACGUCCGAGCCGACGAUCGAGGGCUCGUCGAACGUCGCCCCCGAGCGCGCCUCGUUGACGGAGGCCACCGACACGACGACGUCGUCGGGUCUCGAGCGUCGCCCGACGCUCGGGACGACGCGGAGGCUGAUAAGGACGACGCCGCGCCGUGGCGUUUACGCCGACACGGUGGAGAGGGAGUUCUCCAAGCAGCUCGAAAUGGAGAUCUCCAAGUCCGCCUUGAAGGACCCCUUGAUUUUGGACGACGGCAUUUUCGAUACCCCUCCGAGGAAAUCGGUCGGACGGGGCGCGGAGUCGGGCGAAGAAGGGACAAGCGCGGACGCCGCCGUCUCGUCGUCGGAGGGUAAAAUCGAUUUCAGGGGCUCGCGUUACGACGCCGAGAGGAUGCUGGGCUACUCGAGGACCGAGGAGGACCUGCCGAUCCUGGAUCUGGAGAACGAGGUGCUGGAGAGGACCCUGAAGGACUACAACGCGUACAUGACGUCGCGGCUGAAGCCGUUGUCGUUGCCGCGCCACGGCGAGCCGCCGAUCCGUCGCGCUUCCGGCUCUCAUCCGCCGAGGAAGCCGAUAAUUAAUUCCGAGGAGAGCGCCGAGGAGACCGGCGACGGAAACGCGGAAGUCACGGGCGUGACGGGAACGACGCAGGACGACGGCGGCACGAAAGGGGACUUAUCCUGCAUAAACGGGACGUUCCUGCCGGCGCCUCUAUCUCGCCACGCGCUGAUCAAAUAUGUAAAGUCCUCGAGCCCGGGCCACGGGUAUUUGGAAGCCGAUUACGAGUGUGUGCCAGGCUACCGUAUGGUAUCCUCGGCUAGCCGAUUAGUCUGCAGGAAUCGUCAGUGGGUCGGACAGGUGCCAAAGUGCGAGAUCAAGCAAAACCCGAACGGGGUAUGCGCCGAGGCAUCCUGCGAGCACGUUUGCAACGAAAUUAACGGGCGUCCCGUCUGUUCCUGCUACGAGGGAUUCAGAUUGGAUGGCCGCAAAUGCGUCGACAUCAACGAGUGUUUACUGAACAACGGUCACGGUCCCUGCCAGGACACCUGUCGAAAUCUCGUAGGAGGAUACGAGUGCUCGUGCGAGGGUUUGCGAGACGCGUCUCUGGCUGCCGACAAUCACACGUGCGAGCGUGACAGGCACACGGGUCCGUGCAGCGUUAACAACGCCGGGUGCUCCCACACGUGUCUGUCCACGAUGGGCCGGGUGUUUUGCCUGUGCCCCGACGGCUUCAUGCUCGAGGACGACUGGAAGACGUGUCAAGACGUGGACGAAUGCUCGGUGCCGGAUCUUCAGACGGAGCUGUGUCGCUACGGGUGCAUUAACACCCCGGGUUCCUAUCGAUGCGCGGAAGCUAUGGAGCUGAAGGAUCAGCCGAUCUUGGACAGCCUGUCCAUCACUUGCCUGCCGGGCUACGAGCAGACUUCCCACGGGUGCAUCGACAUCAACGAGUGCGCGGUUGAUAACGGCGGGUGCAGCGAGGUGUGCGAGAACACGGACGGGAGCUUCUUCUGCGCCUGCGACGGGGACGAAAAGGCCCUGUCAUCCGACGGGAAAUCCUGCGUAGACAUAAAUAGUAUCGCGUGCCUACCGUUAAAUCCGGUCGAUCGCGGCUAUUUAAUAUGCUCCCGAUCAGCCACGUCCAAGUUGUGGCGCGACAGACGAAAAGUGCCCAAUCGACCCAGCACGAGGUGCUUCCUGAAGUGCCCCCGUGGGUAUCAGCUUCGCGGUGAGUACGAGUUGACCUGUCGAUCCGACGGCACCUGGGACGGAGCGCAGCACGGAAAGUGCGUCAGAUAUAGCAAGCCCCGAUUGGAGUGUCCGAAGGACGUCGUAGCCGAGUUACCGCCCGGCAGGGACGAGGCGUUCGUGACCUUCGAUCAACCGGCGACGGAUCUCGAUUGGUUCCGAUACGUGCGAUCGAAGCCUUCCUGGGGCACGCGGCUUGAGGCCAGCCUGGAGCCCGGCGUGCACGAGGUUACAUUUUUCGCGCGACACCCGGUAUCGAAGAAGCAGGCCAGCUGUGUAUUACGCAUUAUCGUCAAAGGCGGCGAGGCACCGAAAGUCAGAGACUGUCCCAGGGACAUCGAGGUCGUCGGGAGGAACGGAACGGCGAUCACGUGGACGGAGCCGACCUUCACGGAUAACGUCAAGGUGACGAGGAUCAGCAAUAACGAGAGCCCGGGUCGUCACUUCAACGUCGGCGGUCACAGGAUCGAGUACGAGGCGAGCGACGAGGCCGGUUGGUCGAGCAAGUGCGUCUUCGUCGUGGUCCUUCGUCAGGAGUGAACGGCCGGGGAGGCGCGACGGGGAAGAACCGGGGGACGCGGGAGCGAGAGGGAGGGAGGAGAGCGAGACAAACGGACGGCGAGAAGAGGGAAGAAGCAGCGCGGAAGAAUAACGAUAAGGUAAUAUAAAUGGAAAUGUUACGGGAAUCGGGCGCAGACGUUCCUUACAUAGGCCCCGUAAUGGAUUCCGUUUUGUCCG